GUCUAUUUGUUUACGCACAACAGUGCAAAAAGGAGCAGGUGAUGUUACAUUCAGUGAGAGGUGGACACAUUCUAUAUCUAUAUCCUCUGUUUGCUGUUACUGGUUUUGCUGUACCUACUCACCAGAGGAAAUAAACACUUGAGUCACAUAGACACACAGAAGAACAAUUGAAGAAUAAUUUUAACAUUAUUAAGGAGGACUUUCGAUUUAACGUCACCAUACAUUACACAGCAAUGAUGAACACUAUGACACAACAGCUCCUAGGCUUCUUCCUGGGCCUCCUGGGCCUGGUUAGCUCUCUGACAUCAACCGUGCUUCCUCAAUGGCGCCUAACAGCUUAUUUUAGCACUAAUUUUAUCACCGCUUUAUACUAUAUGAAAGGUCUAUGGAUGGAGUGUGUUAGCCACACAGCUGGAAUUUAUCAGUGUGAAUUCCACCGAUCAACGCUUUCUCUGCCCAAAGGUCUGCUGGCUGCACGGAUUUUAAUGGUGCUUUCAUGUAUCAUUUCUAUUCUGGCUGCCAUAUUUUCAGCUGUGGGCAUGAAAUGUACUCGCUGUGCCCACCAGUCACAUGCCAAGGGCUCCAUCGCUGUGUUUGGAGGUUUAUGCUUCAUCCUGGCUGGCAUUUUUUGCCUUAUCACUACAUCUUGGACAACCUGUGAUGUCAUCAGCAAUGCAUACAAUAUCUUUACUACCGCUGGGAUGAAAUAUGAAAUCGGAUUGUCUGUGUACAUCUCUUUCUCAUCAGCUAUUUUCAGUAUUUGUGGAGGUGGGAUGCUAUGUGUUGCAUCAUGGGAUGUAAGAAAUGAUGUAAACCACAAGGUGGUAGAUACACAGGUACCAGGCACAAAUAAACUACAGCGUGUGCCAUCCUAUCAAGCAAACAGUAGCUUUCAAAAUGAUUCAUCAUUACCAACUUUUUCCUACAACAGAGGAUGCAAGUUAAGUGAUAACAUUAGUCAUAGUAGUAUUAAAAGUAAAAUUUCAAGUAUAAGUGCAGUAAAUUGAAAGGUAAUGACAAAAUUCAACAGUACUCAGUAAUUUAUUGCAAGAUUUAGAAACCAGAAUUAGGUUUAUUUAAAUAAUUUUAUUUUUUUCUGUGACAGCAAAAGAAAACAUUUUUAAUGUAAUGUAAUGUUUUAAUUUUAAUGUAAUGUAAUAGUUGUUUAUAGCCUAAAAAUACACUAAAAAUAAUAACUAUUUAGUUUUUAAGAAUAGUAAAAGGAUUCUGUUGCAGCAGUAAACAACAGAAAUGUCAAGAAACUAUGCCCAGAGAUCAGAGUCAUAAAUAAUAAACUAAAGCAAGAUUAAAGAUUACAUUUUACCAACAAAUUAAGUAAAUUAAGAAUAUAUAAGAAGAAGAACAAUAAGUUGGAGUGUGAGGGGAAAAUGUUGUUAUUGCACAACUAACACAGGGUGAGGGAGUCAUAGCAUUGGCUAGGAAGGCUCUCCUGUACUACUUUUUGUUGCAUCAUUGCUGUGUCUGAAACUAAAAGAGCUUUAUGACGAUGUGUUCAUAGUGGGUGUGAGAGUGAUAGGUCAGGAUGAGUAGCAGUUUAGACAGAAUCCUGCCUUGCAAAUGAUGAUACAUUGUAGCUUUUUAACAGCUUUUUAACAGUUUUGGUUCAGUUUUCACACCACACUGAUCGUUCGGUUCCGCACCAGUUGAAACGAACCAAAAUGCUGUCAUGUGAUAACAUCCACAUCACUCAUUGGCCACAUGUCUUUGAGCGUAUUUCCUAAACUGCU